AUGCUAUGGCAUCAAGGAUUUAUUUUAAAACUAUAUCAACUCCAUUGUCCGUAUGCUUAUUUAUUUUGGAUAGUUAAUUACUUUAAAGAUCGUACAAUAACUAUUGACUAUCAAGGGCAUCUGUCCAAACAAGUUGACGUAUCUCGUGAAGCUCCACAAGGUUCAUGCUUUGGACCUAAAGCUUAUAUUGUAAAUCAUUUUGAUUUACCAACCAUUUUUGAUUGUUCAUGUGAAGUACAUCUAUAUGUUGAUGAUUUGGCUAUAUUUUAUUCUCCAUCAAUCUAUCUUAAAUAUUCACAGCAAGUGGACGAAAUACAAACAAGAAUUAACAAAGAUCUUCUUAAGCUAGCUAGAUAUGCUGAAUCAAACCAUCAACCCAUUAAUAAUAAGAAAACAGAAUUUGUCUUUUAUCAUAAAACAGUUCAAAUUCCAAAAAUUCAAAUUUUCUAUCAAGGUCAAUCUAUCCUACGACAAAACUCCUUCAAAUAUCUAGGCUUCCACAUUGACUCUAAAUUAUCAUUCAACGUCAUGAUCAAUGCUCAACUCGUCAAAUUAAGAAAAUCAUAUUCAAUACUAAAAUACAUUCAUAGAGCAUUUCCAACGUUCUUUGCACUGAAAAUAAAAUUUUUUCAAACAUACACAUGGCCUCACUUAUACAUGCUUGCAUCAAUCUUCUGUUUAUUCUCAAUCUCUAAUCAAAAUCGUUUAAAUUCAUUCUACAGGCGCUGCCUCAGACUCAUAUACUGUACGUAUAGAGUAUCUUCAGCUGAUCUUCACCAAACAUUAAAAUUACCAACUUUAAAAGAAAAAUUUCAAAAAAGUCUUCUUAAACGAAUGAAAAAUAUACAAAUAUAUGAACAGGAUCUCUUGGAUUGUUUUAUAUCAUACAAAAAUAUUAAGAAUAAUGUACAUCUACAUUACAAUGACAAACCAAAUAUAAUUGGCCUUCCGAUUGGAAGGCCAAAUAAACGAAUUACAUAUUUUACAGAAUUCAACUUCAACAGCUCCACCUUCUUUGACAAACUAUGUAACUACACAUGGAC